GCGGCUGCGAGGCUCGGGAGGGGGCGGAGCGGCGCGGCCGGCGUGCAGCGGCCCCAGUCCGCGGAUCCGGCCCGGCCCGCCCCCGCCUCGCCGGCCUCGCUGCGCGCCGGUGCGAGGCGCCCAGUCUCCGCCGCAGCGGCCGCCGGCGUCCCGGGCCCGAGCGAACCCACGCCCGGAGGCCGGGGUGCCGGGGAGCCGACGCGUGGCCAUGGAGCGGGAGCCCCGCGCCAGGGUUGCACUGGUGCCGGAGCGGUGCGGCCGCGGGCCUUCCUCCCGCCACCGCCACCCGGGGCUGCUGUUCCCCGGCCUCUGGCUGCUGCUGCUCGCCGGGCCGGCCUCGUGCACCCCAGAUGAACUCUCCCUGGAUCAGCACAGCCAUCCUGUACGCCCUGCGGACUUCCUGCCAGAGAGAAGCAUCAUGCACAGUACUGCACAAGUGACCUUAUCAGGGACUGUUCCCAGGUCCCUACCAAGCGUCUCUGUCCUUGUCCUCUCCUCUCUGUCAGACACUUUUGAUUCAGCCUUUUUAAGCCAGAGACAACAGACUCAAAGUACAGCGGAGCCCAGUAUCUUUGAGGCAAAUUAUGGAUCCGUGACGAGUAAUGAGGUGACCCUCGAUGAUGAGGAGAUGGAUAACUUUUUGCCGGAUGCUCACUGGACCUCUUCAAGGGGGGUCUCCCCAGUGCGGUAUAUCACACCGAGCCCACCAGAACCACCUCAGGAAAUGCUGGAGCCUGGCGCGACCCCAUCACUACCCACCAUUUCUUUGCAGGAUGAAGUGCUGUCCGGGUGUCAGAACACAGUGCAACAGGCAACUGUAUAUGUGGAGCCGUCCACGUAUUUCGGCACUUCUUGGUCAGCUUUUCUCACAUCUGAGGGCAUCAUUCCAACUCCUAGUAGGAAUUCGGUGCUUCAUCCUAUAGAAAUUCACAGCCAGUUAUCAAGCAAGGCUUUGCCAGAGACAGUAGCUUCUGUAACAGAGGGCUCAGAAAACCUCCUUUUUAGCUCCUGGAUUUCAGUGUCUCAGCCAUCAGGCAAUGGCAUGACUCAACAGCCAUCUGUUCCCCUGUGGGAGGUCUCACAGCCGCUAGUGGGUGUCCUGGCCACAAGCUCGGACAGAUACCCUAAUGAGACCACUGCUUGGAUCGAACAUCCAGAGGAAGCCAUCGCUCUAAGAGCACACCCUGGCAUAACCACGUCACCCACAGACCCCACUUUUAGCAGUCAGCCUUCUGCUCUGUUUUCAACCCCACUUUCAUCUGUGUCUUUUGCUACCCAAUUACCUGGAGUUUCAGAUAACACCUUCUUCUCUAGUGAGGCCAGGGAAGCCUUAGAAUCACGGCAGAACUCCCCAGUCCCCAGUUUCACUGACCAUCCUUAUGUCCUGAGCCCUGAGGCUUCCCUGAGACCACACACGAGGUGUGUGUCUUGUGUUGUCUCAUCAUUUCAGCAAGAACUGUCGAGGAGCCUCACAGAGAAGGACAUGGGGAUAGGGGACAGGCUAGAGACUUUGUCUACUGCCUCGGUAGAGGCAACUCAUGUCUCUCCAUUGAGCAGUGUGGGCACAGACCUCUCUGAACUUAAAGAACCUCAAGAACUUAAUACACUUUUCCCUUCCAGACCUGUGGUUUCCUUUUCUUCCAGACCUGUGGGGCUGUGGGAAGCCAGCAUGGAUGUGUCACCUGAGGUGAAUGUGAGUGGCAUUGCCACCACUCAGGUGUACCCUUCCCAUGACCGCCUCUCCACACCAAGCUCACUGGAUUCGACUUUUGGCUUCUCUGUCACCAGUGAUCUAGUGAUGUCAUCCAGUGUGAUCCAUCUGUUGUCCUCUGUCAUCCCCAGCACCCAUUUUGACUCAUCUUUCUCCUUGACUGCAAAUCAAAACGCUCCAUCCUUCCCAGCUGGAAACCCAAGCCUUCUCACCUCUCCUAGUCUGGUCCCCUCAGCACAGUCUCAAGUUUUCUCUCCUGGAGCACCUACCAGUUCUCCGGAACUUGAGUCUGGAAGUCUUUUGGAUUUUACAUCCAGCUUUUACUCAACUCCACCCCUGGACUUCAGCACUCCAGCCCCUUCACGGUCAGACGAGCUUGCUUUCCCAUCUCUGAUGUCAAGCGAUCCAUCAACCUUCUUUUCUCAAACUUUUUCCACCGUGGCGGAGACAUUUUCACUGUCCAACUCCAUGAAUUUGCAAUCACCUCAGCUUUCUGUUCUUAAUCCCACAAGUCUAGAGCCGUCUCAGCCACUGUCAAGUGCAGACCUCCUUUUGAACACGGUCACUGUUCUUCCUAGUCAACCUGAGAGGCCCCCACUUUCAAGCUCCUCCUCCGAAUCUCUCGAGUUCGCCGAAGCAUCCAGAGUUUCGCUGAGAGAAUCCCAUGUUUAUCUUACCUCAGCUUUCUCUGAAACUACCUCUGCCUUUGAAUUUUCACCUAUUCCCCAUGAGUCCAUGGUCAGCACACUGGUGCCCUCCAGCUCUGAGCCCUCUUUUGGCAUCUCCACAGCUGGGACUCACCUCAUAUCACUGCCAACUGUUUUCCAUUUGACACCUAUUUUAACUGAGUCAUUUCCAUUCUCGACUCUGACACCAUCUGAUGGCAGUGUGCGUGUGACAGACCACCACACACCAGUCUUAACCACACCCACCAAUGUCAUUCUAACCAGCACAGAGUCGAUCUCUGACCCGUACCUGUCAGCCUCCUCAUCACUCGUUUCUGAAGUAAGCCCUUCACCUCUGCCCACAAAGCCAGUUGUGGGCUCAUCAUUGACACCCACAGAUUUCCCGCCCAGUACUUCCCCAGAACCAAGUACAUCCCUGGAACUGAGCAUGCCCAGUGCCAGCACUGCCCCUGGUGAUACUGUGGACUCUGCUCUGAACAGCGAGCCUAUGAGUCACAAUCCUCAGGGGAACAGUGUACCCCCUCCCCAGCCCUCCCUCGGUCCUGCUACCACCUCCACGCUUGAAGCCACAGUUGGUACACCAGCACUGGCCACAGCCAAGCCGCCAUAUGUGUGUGAUAUUACGGUUCCCGAUGUCUAUUUGAUCACAACUGUGCUGGCCAGACGAGCUGUGCAGGAGUAUAUCAUUACAUCAAUUAAAGAAGUGCUGAGAAUCCACUUCAACCGUGCGGUGGAGCUAAAGGUUUAUGAACUAUUCACAGACUUCACAUUUCUGGUAACAUCUGGUCCCUUUGUUUACACGGCAAUAUCGGUCAUUAACGUCCUCAUCAAUAGCAAACUUGUACGUGGCCAAACUCCUUUAAUCCUGUCUGUGAAACCAUCUUUCCUCGUGCCAGAUCCCAGGUUUCAAGUUCAAACAGUACUGCAGUUCGUGCCUCCGAGUGUCGAUACUGGCUUCUGCAACUUCACUCAGAGCAUUGAGAAAGGCCUGAUGACAGCUCUCUUUGAAGUGAGGAAACACCAGGGAACGUAUAACCUUACAGUGCAGAUUGUGAAUGUCACCAUUGCUUCUUCGAGGGUGGCUCCCCGGAGGGGCCCAGUGAAUAUUAUCUUUGCUGUUAAAGGCUCGCAAGGUUUUCUGAAUGGGUCGGAGGUGAGCGACUUGCUGAGGAACCUGACGGUGGUGGAGUUCAGCUUCUACCUGGGGUACCCGGUGCUACAGAUUGCAGAGCCCUUCCAAUACCCACAGCUCAAUUUAUCUCAGUUACUGAAGUCCUCUUGGGUCAGAACAGUCCUCCUGGGUGUAGUAGAAAAGCAGCUCCACAAUGACGUGUUUCCAGCCGAGAUGGAGCGCAAACUGGCCCAGCUGCUCAGCGAGGUGCCCACCAGAAGACGCAUGUGGCGGAGAGCCACCGUAGCUGCUGGGAACAGUGUGGUACAGGUGGUGAACGUGUCCAGACUGGAGGGAGAUGACAACCCGGUGCAGCUCAUCUACUUUGUGGAGAAUCAAGAUGGAGAGAGACUCAGUGCAGUCAAGUCUUCAGAUCUGAUCAACAAGGUAGACCUCCAGAGGGCGGCCAUCAUCCUGGGGUACCGGAUUCGAGGCGUCAUUGCCCAGCCUGUGGACAGGGUGAAGAGGCCAUCCCCGGAGUCACAGAGCAGCAACCUCUGGGUUGUGGUGGGCGUGGUCAUUCCCGUGCUGGUGGUCACCGUAAUUGUUGUCAUCCUCUACUGGAAGCUGUGCCGCACGGACAAGCUAGACUUCCAGCCAGACACGGUGGCCAACAUACAGCAGCGGCAGAAGCUGCAGAUCCCCAGCGUGAAAGGCUUCGAUUUCGCUAAGCAGCACCUGGGUCAGCACAAUAAAGACGACAUACUGAUUAUCCAUGAGCCAGCGCCACUGCCAGGCCCUGGGAAGGACCACACCACACCCUCAGAAAACGGAGACGUGCCGAGCCCAAAGUCAAAGGUCCCUUCCAAGAACACUCGGCACAGGGGGAGGGUUUCCCCCUCAGACGCCGACGACUCAACAGUCAGCGAGGAGUCCAGCGAGAGGGAUGCGGGGGAGAAGGCGCCGGCUGCCGCCCCUGAGAACAAGGCCCUCAGGGCUCCGCAGAGCGGUGCCCCCCUGCCCAGUUCAGGCAAUGAGCAGCAUUCCUCAGCCUCCAUCUUUGAGCACGUGGACAGGAUUUCGAGAACCUCAGAGGCCAGUCGGAGGGUCCCCAGUAAGAUCCAGCUUAUUGCCAUGCAGCCCAUCCCAGCCCCUCCAGUGCAGCACCCUGUCCUGGCCGACCGAGUGGCAGAAACCAACAAAAUCAACAAGGAGAUCCAGUCGGCGCUGCGCCACAAGUCGGAGAUUGAGCAUCACCGCAACAAGAUUCGCCUGCGUGCCAAACGCCGAGGCCACUACGAGUUCCCAGUGGUGGAUGACCUGUCUUCUGGGGACACCAAGGAGCGACACCGAGUAUACCGCAGGGCACAAAUGCAGAUUGACAAGAUCCUGGACCCCGCAGCCAGUGUGCCCUCUGUGUUCAUAGAGCCCAGGAAGAGCUCACGGAUGAAACGUUCUCCUAAGCCACGCCGGAAACACCAGGUCAACGGCUGUCCCGCUGAUGCGGAGAAAGACCGACUCAUCACCACAGACAGUGACGGCACAUACAAGCGGCCUCCGGGUGUGCACAACUCUGCCUACAUUGGAUGCCCAUCUGAUCCUGACCUCCCAGCGGAUGUCCAGACACCCUCCUCUGCAGAGCUGGGCAGGUAUCCCGGCCUGCCCUUCUCAGCCUCUCAGUACAUCCCGCCUCAGCCGUCCAUCGAGGAGGCACGCCAGACCAUGCACUCUCUCCUGGAUGACGCCUUCGCCCUCGUGGCUCCUAGCAGCCAGCCCUCCAAUGCUGUGGGAGCGGGUACUGGUGUGCCUGCCAGCCUGCCUGUGAAUAGCACCCCUUCCAGGGAAGAAAGGCGAGCCACGCAGUGGGGGUCCUUCUACAGCCCAGCUCAGUCGGCCAACAACCCUUGCAGUAGAUACGAAGACUAUGGAAUGACUCCCCCUUCGGGCCCAUUGCCAAGACCUAGCUUUGGCCCAGGGUUGCUGCCGUCUUCAGAGCUGGUUCCCCCUGAGCCCCCACAGCCACAGUCAUCAACUGAUGCUCCAUAUGCUGCCCGAGGGAUCUACUCAGAGGAGAUGCCAUCAGUGGCCCGGCCUCGUCCUGUUGGGGGUACCACAGGCUCCCAGAUCCAGCAUCUGACACAGGUGGGAAUCGCAAGCAGAAUCGGGGCCCAGCCAGUGGAAAUUCCUGCCGGCAGAGGCAGCCAGUACGGGGGACCAGGCUGGCCUGUGUACGGGGAGGAGGAGGCAGGGCAGAGAGAAGCCACCCACAUGCUCGGACAUCAAGAGUAUUCUUCACCGCUGUUUCAGGUGCCAAGGACUUCGGGCAGGGAGCCCUCAGCCCCUCCCGGGAACCUCGCCCACCGAGGGCUACAAGGCCCUGGGCUGGGUUACCCCACCAGCUCCACAGAGGACCUCCAGCCUGGCCACUCCUCCGCCUCCCUCAUCAAAGCGAUCCGCGAGGAGCUCCUGCGGCUCUCUCAGAAACAGGGCUCAGUACAGAACUUCCACAGCUGAUCAGCCUCCCUUGCAGGUUUGCCAAGUAUCUGCUUCCCGUGGAAGCAAGACCAAAAGGAAACCAACCGAGUGGGUGUUUGGAAGCGUCGGAAGUAGCAUCUCCGGGCAAGCCGCCCACGGAAGGGAACAAGUCGCAAUGUUAGAAGAUGCCAUAAAGUCACAUGGACAACUCAUGGUACUUUUACUGGGUUGGCAAUUUGAUGACCACUUUGGUUCAGUCAAAAUGUGUGUACUUUGGGCCAAAAGCCAGCACUUACACACACACACACACACACACACACACACACACACACACACACAGAAAACCAAAACACAAACCUAAGCUAACAAAACAUAAGUAGUUAGUCUAUUCUUCCAAAGGCAAAAGAUUAAACCCUAGGGAUGCGGGGGCAGCCUUUCCCUGGGAAUCUGACUGGUCCGCACAACACACCCACUGCUCAGUUUCCUGAGAAGAGAGAUCUCAAGACAUUUUAGUAACAGCUUGAGCCCUCUUUUCCUCCAUAGGAACUUAUGUUAAUAGUAAUAUUAACAACAAGACAUGCUAAGACUGUUUGGUAAUCUAGAAGAGCUACGAGUGAGAACCUGAUGGUCGGUCGUGGAGCCUGGUGAUUUCAAACAAAGCCAUCGCCUGUGUUCUUUCUCCUUCUGGUGCUACAGCUCUGAGGGCCUUCACCUUUCUGUCUGAAAUACAACUGUGGCUUUUGCAGUAGAAGAAUAUGUUGGUGGUUUCAUUGUGUUCUGGGGUCGGGGGGGGGGGAAGAAAAAGAAAAAGCUGUACUUGGGAGGGGGAGCUUCGUAUUUAUUUGGUUAUUCAGAAUACAUAUCAGAGUUUGGGUUUCCAGUCUUAGUUGCAUUUGCUGUUUAUUUGUUGGGCUCACCCAGCUCUUGACACCAUAGCAGAGCGUCUCCGAAAGGUCCGUCCUCCGGAAUGAGGCUGUUGGGGUGUCCUGACCCAGGUCCUUGUGCUUCACUGACAGUUUGCUCGCAGGCUCUGUUUGAAUGUCUUGCGGAAGCAGACAUUAUUUUCAGUGAUUCUUAGGACUACCUGAUUGUCAUGACUCUGCCCAUGGUAGUCAGGUCCCCUGAGCUCUGGACUGGAAGUGGAACUGUGUUCCUGCCAGCCUCUGUAAUGACUGAAGAAAUACAGGGUUUUGAAAAUAUGAAGGAAAUGAGUUUCCCCCAUUUCUGAUUUAGCUAUUAUUUAUUUGUCUGAAGCCUGUCAUACUCACUUUGGGCCAGAGAGAGGUUACCUCACAGUGUGCUUCUGAUGUCACAUUUCUCAGCCUCCGACAUGACAUUCUGUAUCCUGGUGCCUGAAGGAAACUCUGGGAAAUUGCACACUAACAGGGAGUCGAACCAUGAAGUUCUUUGUCAGAUGAAUGAAUACUUUUGAUUGAACAACAGAUAAUGGGUUAGAGUUUGGGGUGGGGGUGGGGGAUGGGGGGUGGGGGUGAUGCUCAACCUAAUCAAAACUGUGUGUCUGCAAGUUUGAAGAAAAGGGAGACAGCUAGAACAAGCCCCCAGACUGCAGUCACUGGCUCCAGAAUUGUCUGUGCCCUUCUCAGUCAGUCUCGGGACACAAGGACACCUGUUCCUGGAAACCGGGGCAGCCAGUGCUUAUCUGUACACUCCAGAUGAAAAGGCAUGCAGGAGGGACCCUCUGAUCUUUGUCAGGUGGCCUGCAGCCACUCUGCAGAGGAUGGAAGAGGAGACCCCUGUUCUGGGCUUACUUAUUAAUCUUGAUUUAAUACGUUCUCUUCCCAAGCUGGAAGAUCCUCUUUCUAGGCCUCUCUAACCAAGUCUCAACUAUCCAGGCAGAGUUUUAAUAUGACAUCAUGUGGUAAAUGCAGAUCAACACAGAAUAAAUGGCUCUUUCUCACCCCAUGUCAUGGAUGUUAUGGACAUAGAGUAUCCUAAUGGUACACCUCCUUUGUACAAUGCCAAAAUGAGCCUCCGUGUCAGAGGAUACGACAAAAACAGCAAUUUUGAUGCCUUUGAAAUGAUGAAGGGGUUCUACCUGUAUUUUUACUCUUAGAACAGAUACACUUUUAAAGGGUAUCACAACCAAAGGUGGAGUGUAGUGUGGCAUGCAGGCUCUGUGGGGGGCGCCAGUGCUCAGUUAGUUGUUGGUUAUUUAAAGCACACUCCGAUUGCACUCAUUUCCCCUACACAACUGGCACAGCAGGUUGACCAUCCUUAAACUGCUGUGGGAUAUGCCACGUCCUGCAGGCGUCCAGUCAGUCAUCCAGUGUGCUCCCCUAAAAAGCAUCGUCCUCAACAUGUAUAAAUUAUUAAAAGUGCUCCAAAAUGAAAGUUAAGUUUAAUGUCUGUCCUUUUCUUCUAAUUUUAGAAAUUCUGUUGAGAAACAAAAACUGCAAAUUCGA